AUAUUUUCCCAUCUUAGCAUAAUUUAUUCAGAACUAGCUUUUUCUAAAAAUAUGCACAGAGGAUACAAAGUUUGGAUUAUAGUAGGCCUUCUUGGAAAAAUAAUUACAGGAGUUCAGAAUCCAGCAGUGAAGAACUUUCUUUACGAUGUAUUUAUAUCAAACAAAAGUCUUUCUUGGAUUGCAGAGGAGUUAAUGGAUGAAAGGGCCUUAGAUGGAAAGCCAGCCCUUUCAAUUGGUUCUAUGAAGAAAGGAGUGCUUUCGCCGCAGUUUAUGUUAAUAACUGGGCUGAUUUUUGUGUUCCGAACAUUAAUGAAUGUAUUUAUCAUGAAAAUACCAAUUGCUUUGUACUUCGUUGCAUUUGACUACUGUGAAAAUAGAUACUGUAAAAUAGCAAACUCGCAGGGAUUAUAUGAUUCUCUUGUGCAUAUAUUUCUUUUAUUAGUAAUGAUAUACUGUGCACAGUGCACUAUGCGGGAUGUAAUUGCGUUUAGAGAGGAGUAUUUUCAGAGCCUGGGGCGAGUGGGGCGAGAAUGA